AAUAACCCACUUUCAAUUUCAGAAAAACGAAAAUGGGUAUUGGCAGCCUCACAUUGCCUUCACCACCUCAAUUCAUUAUCCUCUCCCUUCUUCUCUUGUGUGCUUUUGGUGAAGCCGUUGAUCCAUUUGCUUGUGACCCGAAAGAUGCGGUGACGGCUGGUUUUCCUUUUUGCAAGGUUUCGAUGCCGAUGUCGGAUAGAGUGAAUGACCUUGUAGGGAGGUUGACGUUACAAGAAAAAGUAAGGUUGUUGAUAAACGGUGCGGCACCAAUUCCACGGUUGGGGAUCAAAGGGUAUGAAUGGUGGUCGGAAGCUCUUCAUGGGGUCUCUGAUGUGGGUCCUGGGACUAAGUUCGGCGGGGCAUUCCCUGGUGCUACUAGCUUCCCUCAAGUAAUCUCGACUGCUGCGUCUUUCAAUGCUACGUUAUGGGAAGCUAUUGGACGAGUGGUGUCGGAUGAGGCAAGGGCUAUGUACAACGGUGGAUCAGCUGGACUCACGUAUUGGAGCCCGAAUGUCAACAUAUUUAGGGACCCACGGUGGGGCCGUGGACAGGAGACGCCUGGUGAAGAUCCGGUUCUGGCCGGUACAUAUGCAGCCUAUUACGUGAAGGGAUUACAGGGAAAUGACGGUGAUAGGUUGAAAGUGGCGGCGUGUUGUAAGCACUUCACUGCCUAUGAUCUCGAUAACUGGAAUGGUGUUGAUAGGUUCCACUUUAAUGCUCAGGUAAGCAAACAAGACAUAGAGGACACAUUUGAUGUACCCUUCAAAAUGUGUGUACAAGAUGGCAAUGUAGCCAGUGUUAUGUGCUCUUACAAUGAAGUUAAUGGUGUCCCUACCUGUGCCGAUCCUAAUCUCCUGCGAAACACAGUACGAGGUCAAUGGAAACUCGAUGGGUACAUUGUUUCAGAUUGUGAUUCAGUUGGUGUGUUUUAUAAUACCCAACAUUACACAACAACACCGGAACAAGCAGCUGCUGAUGCCAUUAAAGCUGGUUUGGAUUUGGAUUGUGGACCAUUUUUGGCACAACAUAGUGAAGAUGCUGUGAAACAAGGGUUGUUGAAUGAGGUUGAUAUUAAUAAUGCUUUAGUUAACACCCUUAGAGUUCAAAUGAGACUCGGUAUGUUCGACGGUGAGCCGUCUGUGCAACCGUUUGGGAAGUUAGGACCGAAAGACGUGUGCACUCCUUCGAACCAAGAGCUAGCGUUGGAAGCUGCGAGACAGGGGAUUGUUUUGCUUAAAAACAGCGGUGUUUCGUUGCCUUUGUCUCAUCGACGUCACCAAACGGUUGCCGUUAUCGGGCCUAAUUCCGAUGCUACUGUUAGCAUGAUUGGAAACUAUGCGGGUGUUGCUUGUGGAUACACUUCUCCUUUGCAAGGAAUAGGGAGCUAUGUGAAAACGAUUCACCAACUCGGAUGUGCCAAUGUUGCUUGUCGAGAUGACAAGUUAUUUAGUGCCGCGAUUGAUGCUGCUCGUCAAGCAGACGCGACGAUUCUAGUAAUGGGGCUCGAUCAAUCGAUUGAAGCGGAAUUCAGAGAUAGAACAGGGUUGCUUUUGCCAGGGCGCCAACAGGAACUUGUUUCAAAAGUAGCCAAGGCUUCCAAGGGUCCGACGGUUCUGGUUUUAAUGUCAGGUGGGCCUAUCGAUGUUUCUUUCGCUAAAAAUGACCCUCGUAUUGGUGCCAUUUUGUGGGCUGGUUAUCCAGGCCAAGCAGGAGGGGCCGCUAUAGCCGAUGUAUUGUAUGGUACAACCAAUCCAGGGGGAAAGUUGCCUAUGACAUGGUACCCACAAGAUUAUGUUUCAAAUUUGGCAAUGACGGACAUGGCCAUGCGUUCGAGUCGGCAUAGGAAUUAUCCUGGAAGAACUUAUAGGUUCUACAAAGGUCCCGUAGUGUACCCAUUUGGCCACGGAUUGAGUUACACCAACUUCGUACACACCAUUGUUAAUGCACCACAUGUUGUCACAGUCCCUCUAGACGGCCACCGCCGUUCAGGAAAUGCAACCGUUUUAGGGAAGGCAAUCAAAGUUAACCAUGCAAGAUGCAACAAGCUAUCAGUAGGUCUUCAAGUAAACGUGAAGAAUACCGGAUCCAAGGACGGCACUCAUACAAUGCUAGUAUUCUCGACUCCGCCUGCAGGGCACUGGGCUCCUUCGAAACAGCUGGUCGCUUUUGCGAAAGUGUAUGUUCCGGCAAGGUCCGAACAACAAGUAGGGAUCAGUAUCCAUGUGUGCAAGUUUCUAAGUGUCGUGGACCGAUCAGGGGUUCGAAGAAUCCCGAUCGGUUUACACCGUAUACAUAUUGGUGACGUUAAGCAUUCGGUAUCCCUUGAGGCUGCAACUUUAGGGGUGAUCAAAUCAUAGGCAAAACGAGUAUGCCAUUGCUAAACAAUAGCAAAAUUCAUUUCCUUAUGUCACCAUUAAUAUUGUGGAGCAUUAAUUAGCCCAUAGUAAGUAAGAAGAAAAUGGAGAAUGGGAAAGGAACAUAAUUGUUUCUUAGAAAGGAAGCUUUGUAUUUUUGUGAUUGGAGAGAACUUAAUUGUAUGUGGAAGAAGCAUAAACCGAAAGUGGUUGUCUCUACCAAUUACAUUUAAUUGAAUCAAAUUUAAAAGUAAUUUGUUAUUGAUUUUA